UAGACGGGGGGGACUACUACCAUUAAAAAUUAAGACUUUGAUUUGCAUCCAAGGCCAAAAUGGAUAGCGAGGCAGGGCGCAGUUGGUCAGUGGUGCAGUUUCAGAACGGUGGCACAGCAGUUGUUCCUGUAAAGUGGUACAACAGGAGAGAACAACUAUUAUCAUGGCCCCCAAAAACUAUAAAGUUGGCAAAGGCAGUGAGAGAGGAGCUGACACCGUCCGAAGACUGGAAACGUUAUCAAGACGUCCGUCUGCUCAAUGUUUGUGGUACCCAUGAUGAAGCCAAACGCCGCGAGAACAAAUAUACAAAAACAAUGUGUUCCACCUCCGCUCUGGAGUCUGAGGAGGAAGAAGACAUACGGAGGAUGAAGAGAAGAUCAAGGCCAAAUCGCAAUUAUAUGGAUUCAGACUCUGACGAGCCAUCAGGAGGAAAAAGACGCUUUGCCAGUCCACCUGAUGUGGGAGAUCCAGAUGCACCGGAUGCCAAUGGCAGCUAUCUGGACGAACUGCUGUCUUCUGAACUUCCAAACAUAAUUGAAACACCAAGGUCCCUUCCCAACAAGUCUGCAAAGACCUUACGGUUUUCACAAAAUGUAGGGAUACCAGCAACAAGCCCCAGAAUUUACCACCAGCUGCAGGAACCACAGCAGAGAACUUCUGUAGGGAUACCAGCAACAAGCCCCAGCAUUUACCACCAGCAGCAGGAACCACAGCAAAGCACUUCUGACUUCACCGGGAAUAGAGGACCACUUUUGAAAGAACUCACCAUUGAAAAGAUGCUGGCAGAGGUCUUGGUGACUGUGAAAGAGCUGUCCAGGGAGGUUCAUUUUUUAAAAAAUGAGCUAGCCGACAUUAAAACCACCCUGGGCGAGAGUCAGGGCCAACCCGAUUUGGCCCCAGCAAAUAAACUGCCAAUGCAGUCAAUGGAAGACUUCAAUGAGGUUCAAACUUCAUUGAAGUCAGACGUUUCGGUCCGGCAAAAGAUGAUUGCUCGUUUGGCUUCAGUGGGGGGAACCUCAUCUGAAGCCAUGAUUCGAAGAAUGCUCGGUUCUUCUAUCAGCAACUCCCUGGCAUGUGACUUCAAUUGGGCAGGAAAAGGGACCAAGCAGGCAUUUAGCCAAACCAUUAUCCAGGACUGCAUGUUUGCCGCUGCAAGACGGUACGAUAAAAAAAAUUCUCAUUUGGACUUCUCCAAUACCGUAAAACGGUGGCUACGGUACGCUCCUGAGCGGGUGGGAGGGGUGAGGAGGACACCUACUUCACCGGUGGAAAUAUGAAUUUGACAAGGCAGAAAGAGUGUUUUAUGGUCUCACUGUCUAAAUAAAGUUUAAAUUAAUUAAUGAAAGUGUGAUUGUUCUUAU